AUGAACUUGAAACUAGUUUAUCCUCUUCUAACUAUAUGCAUUGCCAUAGUCUUCAUCAUAGUUUGGGUUCUCCAGACUACAGAGAGGAACCCCAUGGUUUGUGAGACUCAUCUCCAAGAGCUUCGCACGGAGGAGAAAACCCAGGCUAGCCACAGCCUGAUAUUUGAUGAUUUAUCUCCAGCAGAGAUUAUACAAGUGAAGAGGUAUUUACAACACAACAUAGAGGUACCCUUGGUAGAGUCUCCUGAAGCCAAGCCAUCUGACAACUGCGUUUAUUCUAUCACCCUUCAGCUUCCCCCCAAAGCAGAGGUGCUGGAAUUCCUGGAUCACCAAGGAGCGAGACCUGCCAGACAAGCUCUAGUCAUAGUCUUCUUUGGCAAUCAGAAGGAUCCAAACAUCACUGAGUUUUUGGUGGGUCCUCUUCCAAAUCCAACAUACCACCAGGAUGUCACAGUGGAGAAGUAUGGAGAGAAGUUACCUUAUUACAGAAGGCCUUUAUUAGCUAAUGAAUUUGAAGAAAUCAAUACAUUCUUGAAGAAGAAGGCAUACCCUAAGGCUCCAAACUUUAUGCACAAUGUACUGGAUUACAAUGGAAGCAAUUUUAUGUAUUCCCGUGCGAUGCCACCAGGGUUCAAGUCAGGAGACCGCCUAAUCUGGAUUACUCACUUCCAAAAUGUUUCUGGCUUUUAUCUACAUCCAGUCGGAUUUGAGGUCCAACUGGAUCUUAGUAGUCUGGAUAUUUCUCAUUGGAAUGUGAAAAAAAUAUUCUAUAAUGGGCAAUACUUUGAUGGCAUGGAGGAUAUUGAAAGACAAUUCAAUGAAGGGUAUGUUAAAAUAGCCCAGGUCAAAAAAGCUCCUUUUGAUGGGGGAUACUCAUCAUUAAAGAUGAGGGUGCCACCUGAGGGACCUGGCCCUCUGCACUAUGAACCUCGUGGACCACGCUAUAGAAUCAAGAAUAACCAUGUUUUCUUCAUGUCUUGGAGUUUUGCCUUUGGAAUGGAUGCUUUCCGGGGGCCACGUGUCUUUGACAUCAGGUUUAAGGGUCAGAGGAUAAUUUAUGAACUAAGUCUGCAAGAUGCACUUGCUGUCUAUGGUUCCAACAAUCCAGCAUCAAUGCUAAUCAGAUACAUGGACAUAAGCUAUGGCCUUGGAUAUAGUGUAUUCCCACUCACCCAGGGCGUGGAUUGUCCUUACUUAGCUACUUAUUUGGACAGACACUAUUUUGUUGAUACAUCAUUACCUGUUACCCACAAAAAUUCAAUCUGCAUCUUUGAGCAGAAUACUGAGGUGCCUGUGCGACGUCACUAUGAUAGGGCCCAGGUUCCAUUUUAUGGAGGGCUGGUAGAUGCAGCUCUUGUAUUUAGGUCCAUAACCACAGUUAGUAAUUAUGACUAUAUGUGGGAUUUUAUUUUUCACCAAAAUGGAGCUGUUGGUGUCAGAAUCUAUGCCAGUGGAUACAUUCAGUCAGCUUUUUUCUUUGAUGAUGCUGAAGAUUUUGGCAACAGGGUUGAAGAGUGGGUGCUGGGGACAAUUCACACCCACAGCAUUCAAUUCAAGGUGGAUAUGGACAUUGGUGGUGUGGAAAAUUCCCUGAUGAGCAAUGACAUGGCUUUUGAAACAGUGAAGGCCCCAUGGAGCCCAGAGCACAAGAUCAAUCGAAUGAAGAUGGUAAGGAAGGUCCUGGAUACUGAGGAAAAGGCUGCUUUCCGCCUUCAUGACAAUAUGCCCAAGCACAUAUACUUUGCAGCGAACAGUGCAAAUAAGUGGGGCCAUGAACGUGGCUAUCGGAUCCAGAUGAUCAACUUUUCUGGAAAACACAUGCCAGAAACAGAUCGAAUGGAACGAGCCAUCAGCUGGGAAAGGUACAAGCUGGCUGUUACCAAGCGGAAGGAGAAUGAACCAUACAGCACCAGCAUCUAUAAUCUGGUUGAUCCAUGGUCACCUUCAGUUGCCUUUGCUGACUUCAUAAACAAUGAAACCAUUGUCAAUCAGGAUUUGGUUGCCUGGAUCACUACUGGCUUCCUACAUAUUCCACAUGCUGAGGACAUUCCUAACACUGCAACACUAGGGAAUGAGCUUGGAUUCCUUCUGAGACCCUACAACUAUUUUGAUGAUGACCCCUCCAUGUAUUCUCCAGACAGCAUUUUCUUCACCUGCCAGCAAGACCCCGAUUCCUGUGCUAUCAACCAACUUGCAAGUCUCCCAAAAACAGUUGCAUGCCUGCCCAACCUCCCCAUUUAUGUUUAUAAGGGCUUCCAAAACAUGACCAAACUCUGAGGUCUGAGCUUUGGCUGGUGUGGGUGUGUUUUGAGUUGGAAGGGAGGGGAUGAACAUGCAUUGCAUAGAUUGUAAUGUAUACUAAGCAAAGCUUAGUUUGAGUUUUUACUGUCCAAUAGCUUUGAAUCUCAAUUCUUAAGUCUUGGUUUUACAUUUUGCUUGUAAUUUUUAAGUUGUAAUUUCAGUAGUUCUUUUCUUGGGCCUCAGAUAUUCCAAUCAGAUUGUUCAGUUGCAAUUGAUUUUCUGCACCAUUUAUGUUCUUAUUUGUCUUUCUCUACCUUUUUGAGAUGUUAAUGGGGGUACCUGCACUCCAGCAAGUAGGUCAAAGCAAGAGAAAGCAACUUCUAGCCUUUCAGAUGUCGUUGCAUUCCUCCUCCUACCAUGUCUCACCAUUGGUUAUACAGCCUAGGGUUGAUGGGACUUACAACAAUGGGGUGUCCACAUGUUGCCCACCUUUGAGUUCAAUAAUUGUUACUUCAUUCCAAGGAAUCUGGUGUAUUGUUCUGUGAAGAGGAUUAAAGGUCUUUUAAUAAAACUAAAUUCCUAGAAUUUAUUUGUGUAUUAUUUAUUUGGGUUAGGGGUUGAAAAAUGGGGCAGUCCUGACCUGUCUGUUAACCACUUUAUCAGUCAAUGUAGUUAUAUAUUAACUAUUAAUUUG